GUCAAACCCUAGGCCCCCCCCGCCGAGUCCUCCCAGAUCCAAUGGGGGCGGCGCCGUCGACGCCGAGGCUGGGCGAGGCGGGCGCCGCGUCGCCGGGGGCCGCGGAGCAGAUGUUCGCCGCGCUCGUCGGCGACAGGGCCUACCCGAUCUCCUCCGAGUUCUGGAGGCAGCUGCUCGAGCUGCCCCUCACCCAGCAGUGGCCGCGGGACCGCGUGCUGCAGGCCUGCCACGCCUUCGCGCAGAACAACUACCAUACAAAGCAUCUUGCAAAGAUCUUGAUCCAUUUGGUUUGGUGUUUGCAAGAGUGCACAUCAGCUUCUUCUGUAUCUUCUAGUGUCUAUAGAAAGGCUAUCAAUGCUGCCUACAUAUCAUCCAUAUUUCUCAAGUUCAUUAUUGAGAAUGCCAAGGCAGAUAAUUGGCAAGAGCUAUGCCUUGACAUCGACAAGGAUGAAAAGGGGCUGGAAAAUUUUCCUUCUGACCAAAGUGUGGAGUAUUUUCUGAUGAAGGGGGUGCUGAACUACAUUGGUAGUGUAGAUGUAAGUCCGGAGUCAUGCUACCUACAUCACGAGCUUCUGAACUUGAUGCUAGUCCUUAUGUCGACUCAGUUAUGUUCUGGACCAUCUCCAGAACCAAAAGAUGUGCAUCCUUUCAUUGAUGCGGCUAUGCUUCAGGACAGUUCCAUAGUAGCUUCGGUUGUUCAAAAGUUGCUACUUAAUUUUGUAAGACGGCCACAAAUUCCUUCAAAUGAUUCACACCCUGUUUUCUCUGAUGAUGGUGGGCCUGGUGUUCUGCAACGAGUUGGCUCAGCAGCUGCAAAUUUUGUACUACUGCCAUAUUAUACUUUCAACUAUUUUGUAAGUGCAAGUGCUGAAGGUGCGACAAGUCAAUUGGCAGAUAACAGUUUACUUGUUCUGCUUAUUCUGAUCCACUACCGAAAAUGCAUCUCAAUGAACGAGUCCAUUCCAACCGACGGUGUCUACAUGAGUGAUUCAACUACCAAUGUCAAGGAUGCACCAGCUUUUCAUGAGAACCCUUACUGCAAGGCGAUAAACAAUGCUAAGGACAUUCAAUUUGAUCAUGCCGAUGUUGAGGGAAAUGCUCAAAAUGGACCCGUUGUCAGGCUGUCUUUUGCAUCGCUGUUUGAUGCUCUUGGCACAUGCUUAAAAGAUGAGAGCUCAGUUCUGUUGCUCUAUUCUCUGGUCCAUGGGAACUGCGAUUUUCAGGAGUAUGUUCUGGUUCGAACAGACUUGGAUACUUUGCUUAUGCCUAUUUUGGAAAUGCUCUACAAUGCAUCAAGGAAGACUUCCAAUCAGAUCUACAUGCUGUUGAUAAUUCUCCUGAUACUCAGUCAAGAUUCAACCUUCAAUGCUAGUGUGCACAAAUUGGUGCUUCCUAGUGUUCCUUGGUACCAGGAGCGCCUCAUGCAUCAAACUUCUCUGGGAUCGUUGAUGGUCGUAGUACUAAUCCGAACCAUCAAGUACAACCUCUCCAAGCUGCGGGAUGUCUACCUUCACACAAACUGUCUUGCAAUUCUAGCAAACAUGGGUCCUCAUGCGCAUAGGCUGAGUGCAUAUGCAUCUCAAAGGCUGGUUAGCCUCUUCGACAUGCUUUCUCGCAAGUAUGCCAAAUUAGCCGAGUUAAAAAAUGACAAGGCUCUCAAAGUUAUGUCUGAUCAAAUGGAAGCAGACAUCAUUUCAGAUGAUACGUCAACGGAGCUUCACAUAUACACUGACUUCUUAAGAAUCGUUCUGGAAAUCAUCAAUGCAAUCCUUACAUAUGCAUUACCCAGAAAUCCUGAGGUUGUGUAUGCUGUAUUGCACCGACAAGAGGUUUUUCAGCCGUUCAAGAACCAUCCUCGUUUCAAUGAAUUGCUUGAGAAUAUAUACACAGUAUUGGAUUUCUUCAACAGUAGAAUGGACAUGCAACAGUUAGACGGAGAAUGGUCUGUUGACAAGGUUCUUGAGCUCAUUAAUAAAAAUUGUCGUUCAUGGCGUGGAGAAGGAAUGAAGAUGUUUACGCAGUUACGAUUUACAUAUGAACAAGAAAGUCAUCCUGAGGAAUUCUUCAUUCCAUAUGCAUGGAGGCUUAUACUAUCACGAGGGUUCUCUUUCAAUCCUGGUGCCAUAAAUUUGUUCCCAGUGGAGAUUCAUGUUGAUGAUUCACCAUCCAGCGAACAAAAGGUUUAGGGAUGAUCUGGAGCCUUUGGGUUCUGACAACACACAGAAAUGUUGGACUUGCAUCCCGACAACGAGACUGUUGUAUAUAGGCGGCAUAUACCAGAUAAUCAAAGUGUAUUUUCAUUCAUUUUGUGUUAAUAUUCCCAUAAUGUAAUACCAGAGGUGGUGGACGUGAGGAAUUGCAGGGGAUUGUAUCUGGUUCCUGAAAGUAGGUAGUGCGUAGGGCACCAUACACAAUUCGUUUAUAAGUUAUAUCGUUGUAUUUUUAGAGCAAGUACAAUAGCAAGCUUAUAGCCCGUUUCAUGAUAAUUUCGCCUAUUUGGAGGAGACAUGAAAAAUUGAGAAUAGUGGGCUUUCAUGUAAGAGCCUAAAUAUAUGUGUGCUCCUAGGCAGAUACAAUAAAUAUGAAGAAAGGGAUACAGUGGUGGAAAAA